AUGACUGAAGUUCAUGCUCAGACUUCGAACGAUAGUAUUGGUGCAAUCUAUACAAUGUCGAAUGGAGCAGAAAUGAAUCAAAUUAUUGUCAAUCGUCUCAAUUCAAAUGGUCAAUUAACUUUGAUUCAGACAGUUGACACAAAUGGAACUGGAGUAAAUACAACUGCGGCAGAUCCAUUAUUUUCACAAGGUUCAUUGCAAGUCUACUCUAAUUGCCUAUUUGCUGUUAAUCCAGGUUCGAAUACAUUGUCAAUGUUUUCGAUCGAUCCAUGGAAUGCAACCAAAUUGACAUUAGUUUCAGUGCAAGCAGUAAAAGGUUGGUUUCCUAUUUCGGUUGCAGUCAAUUCAAUGUAUGCUUGUGUCUUGACCGGUGGUAAUGCAACAGGAAUUCGUUGUUUUACCUAUAAUACAUCAGGUUUAUAUGUUAUAUCAUCAUUUGAUCGCGAUCUAACAUCAUAUAUUUCGCAAAGUUUUCCUCCAAGUGGUCCGAAAGGAACUAUGAGCGAAAUCAUAUUUUCAGCUGACAAUAGUGCAUUGAUUAUUGCUGUCAAAGGAUACAAUAAUACAAUGCCUGGUUAUCUUUUAUUCUAUCCAUUCAAUGGUUCGAACAUGUUGGCAACGACACCAAUGAAACAAACACCAACAAAUGGUAUAUUACCAUUUUCAAUGACAUUAGUCAAUAUGAAUGGUUUAUUAGUUACUGAUCCUGGUCCAAAUGGUGUUCUAACUAUGAACUAUAUGGCAAAGAACGGCUCCAUUUCGAACACUAUGCUGACAAUCAUCAAUUCGACACUAGCAGGUGCUCUCUGUUGGUCAACGUAUUCACCGAUGACUGGAAAUUAUUAUGUCAUUGGUUCAAAUCCAGCAGCUAUUGUAGAAUUAAAUGUUAAUUUGAGUUCCACUUUGACACCUGUUCAAAUAAUUCGAUACUAUUCACUUCCAAAUAAUACAGGUGCACUUGAUGCGACAGUUGUUAAUGUGGCUGGUAUGGAUUAUUUGUUUGUUAUUGGUACAAUAGCACAUGCUAUUAGUAGCUACCGAUUGAAUGGACCUGGUAAUGCAAUAUAUAAUGGUGUUUUUACGGUACAACCAGGAAAUAUAACCAGUAUACCUAAACUUGCUGGUAUUGCAGCAUUUAUUCAGAAACCUUCUUCAGACGCUACGUUAAUUCUACCAUCGAUCACCAUUACUAUUAUUUAUUUUAUAUACCUUUCAAUUAUUAAACCUAUGUUUUCGUUUUAA